UUUUUUUUUUUUUUUUCUUUUCUUUUCUUCCUUUGCUGAAAACAAAACGAAUCAGAAGUUGACAAAAGGAGAUAGGAAAAAGAAAAUAAAAUCAGUAUGGAGUUUCAGAUAUAUUUUGUUAUCUUGUUAGGGAAUCUGGCCAAAAAGAUAAAAAUCAUAGCUUUGAAAUUUCCGUUCUUCUCUGGUUUUGUCAUAUACGUUGUAGGUUUAUGAUAGUUUCUUGGAUUGUUCAGGUUUUUGUUGGGAAAGACUUAUGAUUCCUUAAUUGUCCAGUUUUUGUUUUGUAUUUUUGGUUGGGUUUCUAUGAAGGUAAAUUUUUGAUUUUUGAUCAGAUUGAAGAGGGUCUUCUUUGAAUUCUUUUUGGGUCAAGGAGAAUCCGACUGGAGUUAACAGUUCCCUGAAAGAAAUUCGGACCUAGUAAAAAAAAAAAAAAUUUCUUCUAGGUCCUAUAUUGUGAAAUUCCCCAUUUGGAGCCUUCAAUGGAGCAAUUCCGGCAAAUAGGGGAGGUUUUGGGAAGUUUGAAGGCUCUGAUGGUAUUGCAAGAUGAUAUUCAGAUCAAUCGAAGACAGUGCUGUUUGCUGCUAAAUAUCUACACUUUAGCAUUCAAAACAAUUGCAGAGGAGAUGAAGCAGAAUUUGAAGCUAGAAGAAAAGAACACCAAAUGGAAACCUCUUGAAGGGAGUCUUAAAGAGCUCCAUAGGGUGUUUAAGGAAGGAGAACUCUACGUUAGGCGUUGUUUGGAUAGCAAAGAUUGGUGGGCCAAAGUUGUUAGCCUCCAUCAAAAUAAUGACUCGAUUGAGUUUCACAUUCAUAACUUGCUUACUUACUUUCCUGUUGUUAUAGAGGCAAUUGAGACUGCAGGAGAAAUCUCAGGACUUGAUCAGGGGGAAAUGCAAAAGAAAAGGGUAAUACUUUCGAAAAAGUAUGACCGAAGUUGGAAUGAUUCAGAACUUUUCCAAUUGAGAUUUGGAAAGCAGUAUCUGGUGUCAAGAGAGAUUUGUAGCCAAUUAGAAAAUGCUAUGAAAGAAGACAGAUGGUUACUUGUUGAAGCAAUUAAGGAAAAGCUUAAGUCAGGAUUGCUUACAAAAAACAAGCAACGACUUGGAGAUAUACUGCAGAAAAAGUUGAAUGGGCAGCAACUAAUUAAUGGGAAACUUCCAUCAAGUUCAAUUUUGUUAGGAGCAGAAGAUUAUCAAGUGAGGCGGCGAAUAGGAGGAGGAAGUAAGUAUAAGGAAAUACAAUGGCUAGGAGAAAGUUUUGUCUUGCGACAUUUCUUUGAGGAUUUUGAGCCAUUGAGUACUGAGAUUUCUACUUUAUUAUCACUUUCUCAUCCAAAUAUAUUGCAGUACCUUUGUGGAUUCUAUGAUGAGGAAAAGAAAGAAUGUUUCCUUGUAAUGGAGUUAAUGAGCAAAGAUCUUUAUGCAUAUAUGAAGGAGAACAGUAGUUCAAGGAGGCAAGUUUUGUUCCAUCUUCCUAUUGUUGUUGACAUUAUGCUUCAAGUAGCAAGAGGUAUGGAAUUUCUUCAUGCAAGAAAAAUCUAUGUUGGUGAUUUGAAUCCUACUAAUAUCUUUCUCAAACCAAGAAAAUCAACAGAAGGUUAUUUUCAUGUCAAAAUCUCGGGUUUCGGUCUAAAUUCUGUUGAAAAUCAUUCUUCUCAACACACACCACUGAAUCAAAAUGCGUUAGACCCUUGUAUUUGGUAUGCGCCGGAGGUUCUAGCAGAGAAAGAAAAAAUAGGAAGUUCUUGUAUUCGCAAGUAUUCAGAAAAAGCAGACGUUUACAGCUUUGGAAUGCUAUGUUUUGAGCUUUUGACAGGUAAACUUGCUUUCGAGGAUGGGCAUCUUCAAGGAGAACAGAUGACCAAAAACAUAAGAGCAGGAGAAAGGCCAUUAUUCCCAUCACUUUCACCAAAAUAUCUUGUCAACUUAACAAAAAAAUGCUGGCACAAUGAACCUAGUUGUCGCCCGAGUUUCUCAUCUAUAUGCAGGGUUUUGAGAUACGUCAAGAAGUUCCUGGCAAUGAAUCCGAGCAACGGGCAGCCUGUUAUGCAGUCACCACCUCUGGAUUAUUAUGAAUUGGAGGCAGGGUUUUUAAAGAAACAUGCAACAGGAGAGAUGAAAUGUGGGGUGACACAAAUUCCGUUUCAAAUGUUUGUUUACACAGUUUCUGAGAAGGAAAAAACUUCUUUAGGAAUUAGAUUUAAGCAUACAGAAACAGCAAGUGAAGGUGAUGAGAAUAUCUCUGUAGUAGAGGAUCCAGUCGAUACAAGAUCAGUUGGCCCUGAUGUGAAGACAGUUUAUUUUGAUGUAAAAUCAACCUGCACUGACGAUACGGAAAGCAAAACGCCAUGUGAUUUGAGGUCAGUACGUUCGGAGCCUCUAGAGAAGAAAAUUAUGUUGAGAAAGAAAACUAAUAAUGUUAAGCUCAGAAAAACUUCAGCAGGUAAGGCAAAGGCACCAACAGCGGUAAAAGCAUCGCCACAGAAUUCACCAAGCCAUAAUUGGAGGGUUAUGGCAAGCCCUCUGAGUCCAAAGAAGCAAGCUUUGGGUCGAGAGAAAUCGUAGUUUUUCUUAGUCACUUUACUGUAUUGAAUGUUCUCCAUUGAAUCGUUGCAAGGUAGAAUAAAUUUUGUUUCUCCUCAGAAGUUUCGGCAGGACCACAGCUUUUUCCAUUUCUUAUAGCUGAAUUUUGUUUAUGGCUUUUGUUCAGUCGUCUGUUAUACUUUUCAUGUAAUAGACGGUGUUGAUUUGUUAUUCAUUCUUUCGAGCAUUUUAAACAGUAGACCUCCUUGUUCUUUUUA